AAAAUUAUUUGCCGGUAGUCAGUAAGUGAUUUGUGUAGCUACCGGCAAACAAAUAACGACACAAAAAGCCAGCAUGGGUCUGGUGGUGAAAGCGCUACUGUUGGCGGGAGUCCUGGUGGCCACCGCCUGCGCGUAUCAGGUGAAACCAUCGGGUUACAACUAUACAGUCCAGCUGUUGCAGCGAGAUUACGAACGCCUAGAGAAGGAAUUUCGCACGGAGUUUCAGAUCUGGCGCAAGUAUGGCUUGAAAACCUCGCGGUUCAUAGAAAUGGUGGAUAACUGGAAACUAUCGAAGGAUGAACGACGCAGUGAACUACAAGACCUACCUGUGGUGGCGGAAGGACAGUUCUGUUCAUUGUGCAGAGCUGUGAUUCCACAAUUGGUGGACCUACGCAAGUUCGGAGCAAGCCGUGAGGAUCUCUUCGAUGCUAUAUACGAGCUUUGUACUUUGCUCGAAAUUCAAGAACCCGACGUUUGCUAUGGGCUCAUCGAUUCGAACCUAGACUUUUUCCUGUACAUUAUCGAUACGAGACCAACGCUUAAAUCGGAAAGCAUAUGCGGCGUUGUGUUCCAAUCCGAUGCCUGCGUUCUCAACGAUCCUGAGUUUACUGAAUGGACAGUCAAUGUUGACGCCGGUGGAAAACCUAUUACUGAAUCGAAACACUUCCCACACGGGCGUGGUCCAAACGACAUCAAGAUUGUGCAGAUAACUGAUUUUCAUUAUGAUCCGAAGUACAAGAUUGACCACAAUGCUGUCUGCAAUCGUCCAGCGUGUUGUCGCAAUGAUCAAGGUAUUCCGGAAGAUCCCGCAAAUCGUGCUGGUCGAUGGGGAGAUUAUCGGGACUGUGACAGUCCUUGGGAGGCGGUUGAGGAUGUGAUUGAUCAUGUCGUUGAGCACCACUCGGAUGCUGCCUACAUCUAUCACACGGGUGAUAUUAUCGAUCAUGGAAUUUGGGAGACUUCGGUUGGACAUAACAUUGGUUCCAUGAACCGCGUGUACAUGAAGUUGUUGGACGUGUUUCCGAAUACACCUGUGUACAACAUAAUCGGCAAUCACGAGGCACAUCCAACGAACGUGUUUAUGCCCAACAUCGCGAAUCGCUCCGAUUUCUCGAUGGACUGGCUGUAUCACUAUUCGGCAGAUGUCUGGGGAAAUUGGUUGCCACGAUCAACUCGGAACACUAUUGAGCAGGGUGGGUAUUACACGGCAUUGGUGCGUCCAGGUUUCCGCAUCGUGGGCUUAAAUAACCAAGACUGUUACACAUACAAUUGGUGGAUUCUCUGGGAACCAUCCUUCCUGUCGACACAACUUCAGUGGCUGCAUGAUGUGCUACUGCAUGCGGAACGUAACGGCGAAAAAGUACACAUCCUCGCCCACAUUCCCUACAGCUCGUCCGGAUCUACAUUCCGUACCUGUCAGCGCGAGUUUCGUCGGAUCGUUGAGAGAUUCCACAAUACUAUCAGUGCCCAGUUCAAUGGGCACACCCAUCGGGAUGAGUUCAAUGUGUUCUAUUCUCGGGAGAAUCCUGCUCAUGCGAUAAACGUGGCGUGGAAUGGAGGUAGUGCGACCGCCUUCACCUUCAUCAACCCCAACUAUGUUGUGUAUUACGUUGAUCCAGAGACCUAUCAAGUGACGGAUUUCGAGUCGUUCAGCUACAACCUGACGGAUGCGAAUCGGUUCCCGGACCGACGGCCGGAGUGGUACAAGCUGUACUCGUUCGCGGAGGAAUUCAAGAUGCACAACCUAAGCCCGGCCCAGGCGGAUAAGCUGGUCAAGCGGAUGGGAACCCCCGAGGGUCGAGAUGAGCUGCGGCGGUACUGGGAGUACAAGGUAAAACUGGGCGAUCCUUCGCUGGCCGCCGGGUGUGACGAGCAUUGCCUGUUGAAUCAUCUGUGCGAGGUCGUGGUAAGUGAGAUGGGAGACGAUGUCAAGUGUGACGAGUUGGCGGCCACUUUCUUCUAUAGUUAAUAAAAUAUAAUGGUGAAAAAAUAU